AUGUUUUCUCAUUAUCAUCGGUGGUACCUGACGUCUUAUCUGCUCCAAAUUGUAUCCUUUCAUUUAACGCUCAUUAGCACGACAGUAGCAACUAUAUUUUCUGAUUCACUGGAUCAAUGUCAAACUCAAUGUGUUGACCGAAAUUUGGUGGUUUCGCUCGCUCGUGGUGCAGUUGAGUGGGACACUUCAUUAUUUGAGAUCAGUCUAACUCAGCGGAUUAAUGCAUGUCACAGUGGUUGUCAAGAUUUGGAAUCAAUAAAUUCGACUUGCUCAGAGCGCUGUGUUAAACUGAUACCAACAGAUAGUUGUAUACAAGGUUGUCGGGCUGUUAACAACAUUUUCCUUCAUCAUUUACAAGGGUUGCUGAGUCAUGCGCAAGUUGCAAUCGGAAAUGAUUCACAGAUAGGUGUGAAUACAGUUUGGAGUUUAAGUAGUGAUUAUGAUUCAAUUAUCAAUGACAUUUUGGUGGAUGACAUACAGUGGGCUGUUCAAAGUCGUCCGGCUAAUGUUUCGCUACCGUGGGAUACUACAGUUUUUGAAAAGGCAUUCAAAACUGAAACUCUAGAAGCAGCUGUUACCGUACCUUCAGUUUUUGCCGAGGAAAUUGAACUUCGAUUAUGUGUAUCGUGGCGGACUUAUACAAUCGUUUCUCCUAUACAUCAUCUUCCUAUCAACGACACUGAUAAUGUCAAUCCAUUGCCACCAACAGUUAUUUCACAUUUGCAAAUAUCAGUGAACAGUUUUGCAAUUUGUUGGAAAAGCGCAUUGAAACGUUUGUACAAAAUUUCGUUGUACUCACUUGAUGGAAUAGAAAUCUCUACAGCGCUAGUGGAAAAUACUUGCUAUUUAUUCCGAGAAGUACCCAUCGAUAAUUGUUGUCGCGUUGAAAUUAGCUAUGCAAACAUUGAUACUGCUUCUGUAUCCAUACGAGUUAACCUCAUUAAUCAAGAAGGAAAACCAGAAUCAGCAGCGCAAUUGAUUUUUACGAAUGGCACUUCUGUGAUGAAACUUUACGACAUUGAUGAUUACGCCGUGCUUAGCGAUCCAAAAUUAAUUCCGUUCGAAUUAAAACCUGGAAGAUCUAUUACCGCACUGUGCUCUGUAUCAGCUGAACGAUUAUUGAUUGCAUUAGAUGAUGGCAGCAUCUACUGGUUAACAAUUGAUGAUGAUGAUAAUAUAUCAAGCGGAAUGUUACGAUUACCGGAUGGUACAGCAAUUGUGCACAUGGAUGUUGAUCAUGUACAAGGCGCUGUAUAUGCUGUUCUAUUUAAAAAAGGAAUUCUAAGAUGUGGCUUAAUGGAUUGCCAAAAUUCGACAAUUUUAACAACAAAUACAAUUAAUUAUAUUGAAUAUAUUUCGAUUGAUUCAUGGAAUGGGCAUAUAUAUUGUAUUCUAAAUGGUGGCGAGGUGCUCUCAAUACCACUAUUUCCGUUCGAUGCUCCGCAUUUUCUGCCAUUUUCGGCAACAGAAAAACUGCCCACUCUUGCAUUUGCAAUUGAAGCAGAACCGGAGAAUUCAAGAUUUAUUUUGCUCACACAAACUGGCUCAAUUUUAGCAAUAAAUAUUGUGAAUCAAUCAGUUACUGAUCUCCGGGUAGAUAUUGAAAUGAACGGACUAUACAGUGAAAUCAAAAAGGCUCAUCUUUUUGGCGGACGACUGUUUUGGACAUCAACAAGUUGUGGUGAUACACAUGCCUGGGAUAGUUGCUUGUACGGUGAGGAAUAUGAUGUCGAUAAAAAGAAAAUACAUUUGAACCGCUAUUUAUACGCGGGUCGAGUUGUUGAUUUUGUAUUCCUACGUGACAGCCCAAUGCCAAUAACAAUACCUCCACCAAGUAAAAUAGGCCUUAUAACAGCUGAUAAUACAGCACGAAUUACAUGGGAAUCUCCGAUAUUAUUACCAUUUCAAGCACAAAAUGCAUGGCGUCAUUUGCUCUAUGAAUGUCGCUUAAUUGGUGACGAAGAAAAUAGCAAUACAAUAACAGAAUUUACACAGCUAUCUGACACUAAUCUCUUGAUCCCGAUUUUUCCGGGUCUUCAAUAUCAUGCAUCUGUUCGAGCUUGUAUCAAUACCAUAUGUUCCUCAUAUGCUAAUGCUAUCAAUAAUGCAUUUGCUCCAUUCACUGAGCCUUUAUUUAUCGCAUUUAAUCAAACGAUCAAUAGUAAUAUAAGUUAUUACGAUAUGCUUGGUAAUCCAAUUGAAAAUUACACACUGCGUGGUCCAGUACCGAUAGAUGAAACAACGGUAUUUGCUUAUGAUAUGUUGAUGAAAUCGCUUUAUAUUGCUAAAAUGGAUAAGAAUAUAAUAAUUCGAAUACAUAAUGAUGGUUCUCAGCAACAUUUUUUGGAUUCAAUAGCUGUAAGAUUCAUGACAGUAAUGUCACAUAAUGCAUUAAUUAUUGUAGCAUCUAAUUAUUUAAUUGUAUCAUAUCGCUUAACAUCAACAUUCGACCAAGAAAUCUAUUCUUGCGGAUCUUUUAGUGGAUGUGGUGAAGUUGGUGGUUUAGCUGGUGAUGAUGAAACGGGUGAUGUUUUCUAUCUGAUUCGUUUUCCAAAUAAGACGACAAGUUUAUAUGCUCUUAAUCAAGAUAUUCGCACAUCGUAUUUCAUCGCUUCAUCGCAGGAUUUCCCCAUAUUACGGCAGUUAAUUGUUGUUAAAGAGAAACUGGUAUUUAUCACUGAUACGGGUGAAGUUGGCGUCUGUGAUAAGAAGCUCGGUUCAUUAAACAUUAAUUUGGCUCUCAAGAAUGUAGCACUUGUGCCAGUACUUAAUUUGGAUUCUAUAGAACCAAUUAACUUCGUUGGAGCCUUAACAACAGAUGACGCCACUGCUAGAAAUACGCUUAUAUGGGAUACUGAACCAAUGUUGCCAAAAGGAAAGAUCAUUUUUAAGAUUACACUGUACAAAGAACAUUGGGGUCGCGAUCGUUUUGUGGAUUAUUCAUUAUCACAUAGCUAUACGAUCAGUGAUACAUUGCUUGAUCAAUGGCCAUCAAAACAAAAGUAUGAUGCUGAAGUAGAAGCGCUAACUGCUUGGGAUUUAAUAUCAAUUAAUGAAACUGAUCUAAUAGCACCAACUAAACCACCAACUGCACCAACAAAUCCCACUAUUUAUGCUACACAACAGAAAACGGUUGAUGGUGCACGGGCAUUAAUGGAUUUAUUCUGGGAUGAACCAAUGGAAUGGAAUGGUGAAGCAUUAGGUUAUUUGAUUAAUUGUACGGUGGAUGAUUUAAAUGAACCAAUUGCAGAGGUACCUGCCACAACACGUUUCUACUCUUUUAGUGUUAAAUCUGGAAGUGUUAGUUGUGCUGUGGCAGCUCGUAAUGAACCAAAACUUGAAACAUAUUCAGAAGUUGUCACCAUUGAUAGCAGUGAAUUACGACCACUUGUUCGUUUAUUUGCAAUUGAUUCCAACAACAAUGUAUUUUCUAUCUCAAACUGGUCAUCUCUUUCAUCACAACUAUCAGCUCGUGCGAAACGACAAACUCCAUCACUAUUAUCAAUUGCAGAGCAAUCAAUAGCAUAUAUUGGUAAUGAUUUGUAUUCGAUAAGAAAAGAUUCAGAUUCGACGCAACCAUCUCUACUUCGUCUUGAUCCUAAUAAUGUGGAAAAUAUUUUACAUAAGGUUUUAAUAGGCGGUGAAAUUGAUAAAGCAGAUGCAAUGACAUCUGAUUGGGUAGCUAAUCGUUUGUUGUUCGUUUCAACAGCACGUGUGAUGCAACUACCUCUUGACGCCAUUCAAAGUCUUUCGUUGACUAGACCACAUCCUAUAAUGAAUCUUUCAUCAGGUGCUGGUGAUGCGAAACAACUACUUUUCGAUCCAUUUUCAAACACAGGCUUUUUGCUUACGAAAAAUGGUUCGCUUUUUGCAUUGGAUUUCAAUACGGGUGUAGAAGAAAAUAUGGCCCUUAGGUUGGAAUGUCUGAAAUCAGAAACAAUAUCGUGGAUGAUGGCUGAUUUCGUCUGGAAUUUGGCUUCAUUACCGGCGAUUUAUGUGCUUACUUGGAAUGGUAUGGUACGAGUUGAUCUGACAUCUGCAAAAUGCGAAGAAAUAAAAUUUGAAUGGGAAAAAUUUGGAGAAAAAGGACCUAAGUCAAUACUAUCCUUUGCAAUCGCUGAUAAAUUGUACAUUUUUGUCACCUCUUCCAUACUUGUUGUCUAUGAAUUGGGUUCUUCAACUGCAACACCAAUCGCCAUCAAUGGUUCACCUCUCAAACAAAUUCUUGUUGCCACCCAGUCUACUCAACCAUUUCCUGAGCGAUCUUGCUUUGUCUUACCACCAGCAUCUGAAAUUAAAUUUACAGUACAAAAUGAAGAACGAAGUGGAGCAUUAAUUUCGAUUAAUGAACCUCAAUUGCCCGAUGUUUGCCCUGGUAUCUCAUUUCCUCCGACACAGUACGAAGUUCGUUUUCAACGAAGAGGAUCUGAUAAAAUUCGCAACAUUCACAGUAUUAGCAAUAUUCUUCAUGUCGAGAAUGGUAUUUUGGAUAAAGAAGCUGACUACGAUAUAUCAGUCUCAUGGUUUAAUCGAUAUACACCAGUAUCAGAACCUAGUGCAACACAAAUGCUUCGCACCGGUUAUGGUUUUCCAUCAUCACCGCAAGAUCCAGCCGCUUUUGCUUUGACUCCAGAUGUUGUAUUGCUUUACUGGAAACUACCUGCAAAACCGAAUGCACCAAUUCCUGAAAUUAAAUAUAUGAUAAGUCAGCUUAGUGCUACACAAUUUUCACCCUCAGCUAUUGGUGCGCAACAGUUUGAAGGAGUAGAUUACGCCUCAACGCCAUCAGAUGUUGUUUCCUGUCAGAACGAUCCCUGUUCUGCUAAGAUUUCCAAUCUACGACCUUCUACCGACUAUAAAUUUUGGGUACGUGCAAUUCAUGAAAGUCAUCUAAACAUGCAAUUUGUGGAUAAUAUGGAAGGAAAUUCUAUAGAAGCAUCGGUUCGUACGAAAGAUAUAGCUGGAACAUUACGUCUUGACAAUAUUACUGGUACUGCUGUUGUACUUCGUUGGAAUUCACUGGAUCCUGAAUCUCAUCCGAAGCGUAUAUUCAUCGAAUAUCGGAUUGUUGGAACGGAUGCUAUUUGGAAAUCACCGUAUAAUGCAUCAUUCGAAGGUUCUGCAAAAUCUGUAACUGUAGUUAUACGCGCAUUGCAUUCAGCUACCACUUAUGAUUAUCGUUUUGCAGCUGAAUAUGCGGAUAGCUAUCGUUAUGCAAAUUAUGAUUAUUCGUACAAUGAAAUAUUUUUGCAAAUUUCACAGCAAUUUCGAACAAAACCUGGAACUCCAUCAGCUCCAGCAAGUAUACGUCUUGUUCAAGAAUACAACGAAUGGAUUGUGCGUUGGGAGAAGCCAUUAAAUGAUGGUGGUUCACCGAUCACUUCAUAUGCACUCGAAUUUAGACCAGAUGAAGAUGUUGAAUGGGAAAUAGCUGAACGAGGAUUAGAGGGUGACUGUUUAUGGUGGAAACCAUUGAGAAUAAAUUUCCUAUCUGAAGCAGAAUUUCGUAUUCGAGCAGCAAAUUCAGAAGGUUUCGGUGCAUAUGCAUAUUCGAGACAUCACAGCGUGUAUUAUCAACGAAAUGACAGAAGACGCAAUAAAAUUCGAUUGCAAGAUAUAAGUUUGCAUGGUUAUACGAAUUCAAUCAAAAGAGAUAUUUUGCCUGCACAUGUUAUCAAUGAUCUAAAAACUAUUCCUCGGGUAUCGAAAAACAACAUCAGUCUUUUACGCAUAAUUGGGAAAGGAAGUUUUGGAGAAGUUUACGAAGGAGUCGUAGAUGGAUUACCUCAGUCACUUACAAAAGCAGUUCGGGUUGCUGUCAAAACUCUGAGAAGCGGAUUCUCUGAAUCAGAUCGAAUGAAAUUCGUUCAGGAAGCAAUUUUGAUGAACAGUUUCGACCAUCCCAACAUUGUGAAAUUAUUGGGUGUAUCACUGGAAACAGAGCCAUAUUUUCUGAUUAUUGAACUUAUGGAAGGCGGUGACCUUCUUGGAUUUCUUCGUUCCAGCCGCCCAUCUGAUUGUCUGCCAUCACAGCUUUCGUUAUACGAACUGAUAGGAAUGAUGGUUGACGUAGGACGUGGUGCCGCAUAUUUGGAAAUUAAAAAGCGUGUGCAUCGCGAUCUAGCGGCUAGAAAUUGUCUCAUUUCUUCAAGGAAUUUUAAUACACGAAUUACAAAAAUAGCCGAUUUUGGUCAUGCUCGUGAUAUUUAUACCAACGAUUACUAUCGUGUACAUGGAGAUGAUUUCCUGCCAUUACGAUGGUUAUCACCAGAAUCAAUUAACGAUGGUAUUUUCACAUCAAAAAGUGAUGUAUGGUCAUUUGGUAUACUACUGUGGGAAAUCUUAACUCUUGGACAACAACCUUUCUCAGGCAAAAAUAAUGUACAGGUGAUGUCCUUUGUGAAAAACGGUGGGAAACCGGAGAAGCCACAGUUCUGUCCAGAUGAAAUUUUUGCUAUUGUGGAACGUGCUUGGAUUUAUGAUCCAGAAGAACGUCCAAGAUUUGCUGAUCUUUUGCCAGAGCUGGAAGCUUUACGCGGUUGUCCAUUGUAUCAGAAAGAUGCACCAUAUCCACCGAACUGUUCAUCAUUGAAAACUGAUUCAAAUUUCGAGCUUUCGUUUAAUUCUAACAUAAGCCGUGGAGAAAGUGGACGUAGUGGAAGUGUAAGGUUCGAUAAGAGCGAUAAUCCUUCAGCAAAACAACAAGGCCGUCCAUCUAUUUUAAGGUCGCUUCGUAGAGAACGUCCGAAACAACCUCCCAGUUUCGCUGAUUUGGAAGCCAGUAAUCGAAAGUCGAGGUCAAGGAAUAGCGUUACGAGUGAUAUCGAUUCAUUCAUUCGGGAUUGCGGCGAGGGAUUUGAUAAUAACACUUUCAUAUCAAGUGGCUGUUAUGAGGUGCCGAAAAAACCACAUCCAAAGAAAUCACAGAAAAAUCGACCAAAGCAUCGAGCACCUAAACUAUCAAACUGUUCUCCUGUAUCGUCAUCAUCGGCAAGUCCUCAUUCUUCUCCCAGAACUCCGUCAUCUGGUGAUAGUGACAUUCCAUCAAUAUAUUUUCGGCCAGCACGAGUUAGCCGAGUUUAA